UUUCUCUUUAUUCACCAAACAACAUUAACGAGUCUCUCAAUUUACACACAAACAAUGACUUCUCACGCCAUCUCCUUCGUUGCACUGCCCGAAAUACCUAGGGUUUUAUAUCUCACCUGAACUCCUCUCAAAUUUUUCACAAUCAGCAAAAUCUUCACCCAAUUUUGAUAAUUCUUUUUUUCAUUUUUCCCCGUAUGGAAAUACAGCAGUCGGAACAGUUACAUGGUCAGCCUUUGGAAAAGGUUUCCAAUCUGGGUCAGCUUUGUUUAGAUGCAGAAAUUAAGGCAGAGAAAGGUUUUGAGAGUAAUUCGAAGGAAAUCGAGCUGAAGUGCGUCGGUCAAUGCUAUCGUAUCCAGCAAAUUAACGGUACCCAGCUGGUCAAAGCUCCGGAGGGUGCAGUUGCUCAGGAUGCUGGCUUGACGGUCAGAGAUGCUGGUGGUAUGGUGGAUGUAGAGGUCAAGUUUGGGACAAUGAGUAAUCGGAAACGGGGACGCCCUCCCAGAGCUAGUCAGGUCAAACCCAAAAAACGUCAGCCACCGCCGUCGCAGAGGAGAAAGAAAGAGGAGGAAGAUGUUUGCUUUAUUUGCUUCGAUGGUGGCAGUCUGGUCUUAUGUGAUCGCAGGGGAUGUCCUAAAGCUUACCAUCCUUCAUGUAUCAAGCGGGACGAAGCAUUCUUUCGUUCAAAGGCUAAAUGGAACUGUGGGUGGCAUAUCUGUAGUACCUGUCGGAAGUCUUCGCAUUAUGUUUGCUAUACUUGUACAUAUUCUUUAUGCAAGGGAUGCAUUAAGGAUGCUGAUUAUUUUUGUGUAAGAGAGAACAAAGGACUUUGCGCAGCAUGCAUGAAAACUAUCAUGAUGAUGGAAAACAGUGCUUUACGAAAUCAAGGAUCAGAGCAGGUGGAUUUUGAUGAUCAAACUAGCUGGGAAUAUCUAUUCAAGGUUUACUGGGUGUGCUUGAAAGAGAAGCUAAAUUUAACUUUGGAUGAGCUCACCCAAGCUAAAAACCCUUGGAAUGUACCUUCUAUUAACAGUCUCAAGGGAAAAUGUUCUGUUGAAGUUGAUAGAUCUUUUCUUAUGGCUUCUAAGUGUGAAUCAUCUGGUGAUGUUAUUGCACCUCAUAUUAACAGAUGCGCUAGUUCAGAAAAUUCUUCUGGCAAUGCAGAAGCAAAUCAUGCUAAGAGGAGAAAGACUGAGAACCUACUGGAGUUUCUUAACAAGCCGGACUCCCUUAGUACAGAAAAAUCAGGUGGUGAUGAAGGAACCUCUCCACAUGAGGUGCCAAAAUGGGCAACGGAUAGUCUCUUAGAGUUUGUUGCUUUCAUGAAAAAUGGUGAUACAUCAAAGAUAACCCCACCAGAAGUCCAUGAUCUUCUGCAGGAGUAUGUGAAGAAAAACAAUUUACAUGAUCCUAAUCAGCAGUGUCUAGUUGUUUGUGACUCAAGACUACGUGGUUUGUUAGGAAGAGAAAGGGUGGAUCAUAUUGAAAUGCUUGGGAUUCUUAAGGCACACUUUCUUGAUCAAGAGACUCGUCAAACAAUGAUAGGUGUUGCUGAUGCCUUUGCUAGCCAGAUGGAGAAUGACACAGAAAAUGAUGACCAAUUAAUAUCGGAAAAUGUUAAUAGGCGUAAAACAUGUAAAAGUAAUAAAGAAGCUAUUAUGGAUCCUAAUGGAUAUGCAGCAAUUGAUGUGCACAACAUCAACCUGGUAUACCUGAAACGUAAUUUUGCUGAGAAACUUAUCGAUGAGAGUGACAAUUUUCGAGAGAAGGUUGUUGGAUCAAUAGUGCGGAUAAAGAUAAAUGGCACUGAUCCAAAGCAAGAUAUGCAUAGGCUUGUUAGAGUAACAGGUACAACCAAGGCAGCUGAACCAUAUGUAAUUGGAGACAGAAAAACUGAUUUAAUGAUAGAAGUUCAAGAUUUGAAAAAGAGUGAUUUGCUUCCGAUUGAUGCGAUUUCAAAUGAGGAGUUCUCUGAGGAUGAAUGCAGACGGUUACGCCAGAGCAUCAAAUGUGGACUCAUGAAACAUUUUACAGUGGGAGAGAUUCUGGAGAGAGCAUUAAAAUUACAAUCACAGAGAAUUGAUGAUUUACUGGAAGCACAGAAACUGCAGCAUAUACAUCUCCGUGAUCAAGCUAGUGAAAAGGGACAUGAAAAUGAAGUCAGAGAAUGUGUAGAGAAUUUAGAGCUUUUGAGCUCUCCUGAUACUCACAAGCACAGGCUUCUUGGAGUGGAAGUAGUACAUAUUGACCCACACAUGGAUCCGAGUUAUGAGGCUGAAGAUGAUGUUGGAGAUUUUGGUGAGAAGAAAUCAGUUAAUCCUAAAUCAGUUUCUGGGGUUGCCUCUGGAAAACUUCUAACAUCAAAUUCUGUGGGUAUUAUGCAACCUUCUUUUCUUAAGAAAGAGAAUGCAUGGUACUAUGAAGAUCCCAAUGGAAAGAGUCAGGGACCAUUUUCCAUUGCGCAGCUGCGUAAAUGGAAUAAUAGUGGAUAUUUCCCUGUUACUUUGCGAGUAUGGAGGACAGAUCAAAAGCAAGAUGAUUCUAUGCUUCUAACGGAUGCUUUGAAUGGGGGAUUUGAUAAGGCUUCUGAGAGUCGAAUGAAUAUUGGAAUUUGUUGUGACCAACAGGCCUUUGGUGAGGGCCACGCUAAUAAUCAGGUCCACAGCAAGGGCACUAAAGUUCCAUCUUCUGAAGAAAACUGUACGCUUCCACAUGUUCAUAGUGCUUCAAAUGGCUGGGAUUCAAACACUUCUUUUGUGGCUUUGUUGAAUUCUUGUGAAAUUGCAGACCAGGCGGAGAAGUCCCAGCUUGUAAAGGAAAAUCAGGGGUGUGAAAUGCGCCUGGAUGGGGGUGAGACCAAAUUGGGGCAUUCAUUUGAGCAAAAUUCAAGAUCUCCACCCAUAGAUAGUUGUAUAAAUGGCUGGGAUAACACUGCUCUAGUGAAUUUUGUGAAAGUUUUUGAAUUGAUAGAUCAGAAUCAGGAGGUUGAGUUCUCUGAUCUACCCAGCUCCACCGCCAAUCAGAGUCAUGUGCUGGGUGAAGAUUCUGAAAUGAAAAAGCCUAGGUGUACAGCAUCCAGUCCAGUGGCUGGUGGACCACAGCUACCUGAUGUGGCUGGCAAAUGGAGUGGGUAUUCCCCUUCUCCAGCAAAACCUCCGUUAGACAAGAGGGAGUCUGAUGUUGUGGUAGCAUCUAUCGGAAAACAGACUGAAGUGCCAAAUGAUCAUGCUGCUACACCAACUUCGGUGCCCAGUGAUCAUUCCUCUUCAUCCCACCCUGCAUCUAAUGCUUCUAGUUGGCAGCCAGCUGUGGUUGCUGAACUUGAGGAAUUCACUGCCUGGUCUGAAGAAUCUGUUUCAGAGCUCUUGGCAGAAGUUGAUGAAGCAAUGCGGUCGCUUAAUGGGGUAGCAUCUCCGACUUCACCUUUGCACUGUGGUGCUGAAAAUGAUUGUUUUAGCCCUCUGAGGGGGUUAAGCUCAAGACCUGAUACAGGCAGAAGUACUUCCCUGAGCCCUGGUACUGAUAUACAAAUUAUUUCUCGGUCACCUGUGAACGAGGAGCCACAGGGGAUAUCCCAGGGGGAUGUUCUUGAUCUUCAGAAAAGUUCUGUUGGGCGUUCUUCCACAAGUAAUGAAGUGGGGAUCCUGGAAGAAGUUUCAAAGCCCCCCAGUGAUGAUUCAGUUAAUCAAUGUGAAGCAGCUUCAAACUUCUCGCCGCCUUUACCUCCUGUGACAAGUUGGGAGAUGGCCACCAUGGACACCACUUGGAGGUCUGGAACUGAAACUACAAAUAUCAGUGAGGGAGCUUUGCAGGGAAAUGCAGACUUGGGAUUUAGAGGGUUGUUUCAAGGAAUUAUGAAUGAUGAUUUGAUAACCAAUCAGUGGGGAAAUCUAGGCAUCUGGGGAAGCCAACCUAGGUAUAGUCCAAGAGACUUUCAUGUUGAUUCCAUGGAUUCAAGUUUUGGUAGUGGUAGGCCAGUGUUGAAUGGGCAGCCAACGUAUGAUGAUGGGAAUGGAGGAGGAAAGAUAAUGGAUCAUGAUGGAAAUGGAGGCGCAUCUUUUGGACUUACACCCAAAGGUCAGCAAGUUUAUAAAUUUGAUGGAAACGGGUUCCACAAAGAUGGUACAUCUUCUUCUAGUUACUUUCACCCAUGAUUUAGGAUUUAACUGUAGUUUUGUGGUAUUUAGUAAUGGGAUUCAUGGCUCAUCUUCGGAAAGUUUCUCAUGUUAAUGCUCUCAAUUUUAACCAGUGCAGCAAGUAUAUCAGUUAGUUAAGUAGUAGAAUACAGAAAUCUAUUUUGGGAUUAGUUUAGAAGCUUAAGUAGCACAACUCAAUUGUCAUGGCCCAUGAUUGUGCUAAAUAUUUAAUUUUUAGCUGUAUUGAUGGCUUCUAAUUCCUUUCAAUUCCUUACAUGUUCCCUGGGACUGGACAAAAUCAAAUUUAUAGGGUUUUUGUAAUUGUAAUCAUAUACCAAAUUUGAACAUUUAUUUGUAUAUUUUGUUUACCUUAUUUACAUGAAUAAUCUAGUGUUAUA